AUGCGUCACGCAUUUUGGCUUAACCUCCUCCUGGGAGUCUGCUCCCUUGCUUCCCCAGCCCAAGCAGAAACAUGCUGGCGAAAUACAACCUGCUCCGGCCCCACGAAAGCUGCCUUCAGUGGUGUUUGGGAUAAAAAUAUAUACGCGCCAUCUUCUCGAACAGUUAAACCUGUGUCAACGCUCUCCGAUCUGAAGAAUGACGCUACUACCAAUUCCGCCAAACCUGCGACGGCAACACUCCAUGGCAAUGGCUCCCUUGUCGUGUUCGACUUCGGAAAAGAAGUAGGUGGCAUCAUGCACAUCGAAUACACCUCCACCGGCAGCGGUGCUUUGGGAAUCGCUUUCACAGAAGCAUUAAACUGGAUCGGAGAGAACUCAGAUGAUUCAAACAGUCUGUGGCAUGAUGGUUGUUUGUACGACAAUUUUACGUCCGCUGGCUCACAUUCUUAUGUGAUGCCGCUCCCAAAGCUGCGUGGUGGAUUCCGGUAUUUGACCCUCUUCUUGAUCACGGACGAUGCGUCAACAGUCAAGAUUGAGGAUAUGGAUCUUGAAUUGGCUUUCCACCCGACGUGGUCAAAUUUGCAGGCAUACCAGGGCUACUUUCACUGCAGUGAUGAGCUUCUGAAUCGGAUUUGGUAUAGUGGUGCAUAUACUCUGCAAACGAAUCAGGUUCCUGUGGAUACUGGACGUAUUACCUCUGGUGUCACUUCUGGAUGGCUGAAUAACGGGACUCUGGGUCCCGGAGACACGAUCAUUGUUGAUGGUGCUAAGCGCGAUCGUGCCGUGUGGCCUGGUGAUAUGGGCAUCGCUGUUCCGUCGACAAUGGUUAGUCUCGGCGAUUUGGAUAGUGUCAUGAAUGCACUGCAGAUCAUGUACAACACUCAGGACAAAACAACAGGUGCUUUUGAUGAGUCCGGACCACCGCUCAGCCAGACUGGGUCGGAUACUUAUCAUAUGUGGUCUAUGAUCGGUACUUACAACUAUGUUUUGUACACAAACAACACGGAAUUCUUGCUGGAGAACUGGGCUGGCUACCAGCUUGCUAUGGACUACAUUUAUGGCAAGGUGACCUAUGCCAGUGGACUCCUGGAUGUCACUGGCAUUCGUGACUGGGCUCGCUGGCAGCAGGGGUAUAACAACACAGAAGCACAGAUGAUUCUCUACCACACCUUGAAAACCGGAUCAUCCCUUGCCACCUGGGCCGGAGAUACGACAGGUCUUUCCAGCACCUGGGACUCUCGCGCGGAGAAACUGAAAGAAGCCAUCAACACCUACUGCUGGGAUGAAUCUUACGGGGCAUUCAAAGACAACGCGACUGACACUGACCUUCACCCCCAAGACGCCAAUAGUAUGGCCGUGCUAUUUGGAGUUGUUGACUCGGACCGUGCGGGAAAGAUCUCCAACAACCUGCUGAAGAAUUGGACACCAAUCGGACCCAAUUCUCCCGAGCUACCAGACAAUAUCUGUCCCUUCAUAACUUCCUUCGAGAUUCAGAGUCACUUCCUCGUUCAAAAGCCAUCUAGGGCCUUGGACCUCAUUCGUCGCACCUGGGGCUGGUACAUCAACAAUCCUAAUGGAACCGAGUCGACUGUCAUUGAGGGAUAUCUGGUCAAUGGUACAUUCGGAUACCGUGGUAGUCGUGGAUACUAUUAUGAUACUUCAUACGUCUCUCACGCUCACGGCUGGUCGUCUGGUCCGACAUCCGCGUUGACGAACUACAUUGUUGGUCUUUCGGUUACAUCGCAGUUAGGGCUGACCUGGGAUCUUUCCCCCCAAUUUGGAGACCUUGAGUUCGCGGAGGCUGGCUUUGUCACUGAUCUUGGAAAGUUCCAAGCAUCGUGGACUAAGUCAUCUGCUGGGUACACAUUGGAUUUCUCGGUUCCGAAGGGGACCACUGGAAAUGUUACUCUUCCGUAUGUCACUUCGUCUAAGAAGCCUUCGAUUACCCUCAAUGGUGCCUCAGUGAAGAAAAAUGUGGUGUAUGCGGAUAGCACGGCGACAUUUGUCGUUGGAGGUGGUUCUCACAAGAUCGUUGUGAAAUGA